CGUUUCAUCACGGCUCAGCAGCUUUCAAACUGUUACGAGUUCACUCAGCCAGACAAGCCUUCUUUCUCCUUUGCACUUGAGAGAUCUAACAUGCCAAGCUACAAGCUGUACUAUUUCAACGCUCGAGGUCGGGCUGAACCCGCGCGGUUGGUUUUCGCUGCCGCGGGAAUCGAAUUUGAGGACAAUCGAAUGGCAAUGGGAGAGUGGCCGAAAGUCAAGAAAGAACUUCAUGCCCCAUUUGGCCAGGUUCCUCUGCUUGUAAUUGAUGACAAAAUCAAGCUUGCUCAAUCUCUGGCUAUUAUGACCUUCAUUGCCAGGGAAGGAGGUCUUGCCCCAUCAAACAGUCUUGAUAUUGCAAAGUGUGAUAUGAUUGUGGGUGCUGAAGAAGAUUUCCUCACCAAGAAAAUCCAAUGUUAUUUUGAAAAAGAUCAGGCCAAAAAGAAAGAAUUGGAUGAGGCAAUUCAGAACACCCACCUACCAGCCUUUAUGGGAGCACUGACAAAGAUCCUGGAAGAAAACAGGACUGGGUUCCUUGUAACUGACAAGAUGACAUAUGCUGAUAUCAUUGUGUUUAAUGCAUGUAAUAACCUGGAUAGUGGAGCUCUUGACAAGUUUCCUAAACUGAAGCAACACCAUGACCGCAUUGCUAGCAACCCUGGUAUCAAGGCAUACCUUGAGAAGCGACCAAAGACUGACUUCUAGUGGACUUAUACUCGUACUGCACACAGUUCACUCUGAAUAACCCAUAAAUCAAUCUUUAUACCUUAAAAGGGACAGUCAAUGCAAUGUUGGACACCUUUUUAUGAUCAUUGCCUCUAGGAAACUGACUCAUACAUAUUGCAUAAUCUUUAUCCUUGGUUGUAGUGUACUGCCUUAAAUGGGUUUGCUUGUAAUAGUCUGAUUAAAGCAAGUUUUAGAUUUA